AAACCAACAUGGAGGAUCAAGUACCUUUUAAAGUUUUUACGCACUGGAUUGCCGGUCAGAAGACUGAAGUGCGUCGAUUUGGUGUAGAGAAGACUCUCGUCACCAGCUUCGUGUAUUUGAAUGCUAAGCUCCAAGAGAUCUUCCCUGGAUUGAAGGAAAAAAGUUACUACGUGGCUUGGCAAGAUGAAGAAGGAGAUGAUGUGACAAUAUCAUCUGAUGAUGAGCUGAUGACAGCUAUCACAUCAAUGGGUAGCAGCCUCAUCAAGUUGCACGUCCACAUAAGGAAGCUAGAGAUCCAAAUUGAAGAUGGUGGUCACUGCAUUUUCUCUGCUACAUUUCCAGAUAAUGCAACCGGUGCUGCUGAUACUGGCACCAUGACCCAUUUCGGAAUAUGCUGCGACGGGUGUAACAAUGCAAUCGUCGGGUUUCGCUACAAGUGCACUACGUGCGAAGACUUCGAUUUGUGCGCCAAGUGCGAGAACGCCGGCAUGCACCCUGAGCACUGCAUGGUGCGUGUGCCGUCACCCACCUUACCCCGCACUGUGAUCAAGGCUGCUAUUAAGCGAUCCCGUCAAUUCUUGAAAACGGUUGUUCAAUCUGUGCCCGAGGAAUGCACUUUUAAGCGUCAUAGACGCGAGCGCAGUGGCGAGAGGAAGCAUCGUGGCGACCACGGACCGCACGGCUCGCAUGAUGACCAUCCGCGCCCCGAUCGUCACCACCGUCGUCCGCGUUCUAGUUGGCUCGAGACUUUUGCCACCUACAUGAACGAGUUCGCGAACCUUGCUGGCGACAUCGAUAUUGAUUGUGGUAACAACCCUGCUACGCCUAACGCCAAGCAGGAACCAAAGGCACAGCAACAACAGCAAAAUAAGCCUCAAGAACAGCAGAAGACAGCAGCGGAGAAUGUUCAAGCUCGUGAUCAACCCGAGCCAACUACCUCUACCACCAACAUUGAGAUGCCGACAAAAUCCAUCCCAAAGAACAUUAAUAAUAUCGUGAAACUCAUUGAAUUGUGUGCCAUGAAGAGCACCAUGGCUACACACGGCGCUGUCAGCAAUGACGCCUCUGUUAACACCAAUGAUGUUGCAACCAACAAUGCCUCAGUCAACACUAAUGAUGUCGCCACUAUCAACGUUUCCGUCAACACUAAUGAUGUUGAGAUGACCCAGGUUGAUGAAAAGGCUUCAGAUGCUGAUGAAGUGAGCAUCGAUUCAGGGGCAUCAUCUUCCAGUGAUGCCUCGAAGAGGGAUGAAUCUCCUGACAAAGCUGAUGACUGGACUGUCAUCAAUAAGGAGAAAGAUUUGAUGGAUGCCUACGUUAAGCAAGCCUCCCAAGACGAGGCACCGGCUCCAAUUGGCUUCAAUCUGCCUGAAAAGUUUCAAGAGCAUGUAAAGAUCACUGAGAGCCAGAGCCUGUAUCCUCCGCUCCAUGCUGCUUCUGCUGUGUUGAAUCCUAAAGAACGGAUUCGCCGAUAUGAGGAUUCGCAACCAACGGCGCCGCAGCCGACUACUCCGCAGGCUCCUCGCCCUCAACCACAACCGCAACCCCAACAGCAAUCAUCGCAGCAGCCGCUACCAAAACAUAAUCCGCAGCCACAAACACAAGGGGCCCAACCACGCCCGCCCCAACAACCCACCUACCCGCAGCCGCGCCACCCUAAGGCGCACAUCCAAGCCGCAAUCGAACACAUGCUGGCCAUGGGCUUCACCAACGAUGGCGGCUGGCUAACUCAACUCCUCGAGAGCAAGAACGGCAACAUCGCAGCUGUCCUCGACUUGCUUACCCCUGUUAAUCCUCAGAGGCAGUAAACGCAAACUAUAACACGGAUAAGGAUCAUAUUCACAAGAAAUAUUUACAUUGUAUUGUUAAAACUUUCAUCACAUAUGAUCCAAAUAUUUGCCAUUUCAAAGGCC